AAUUCCUGGCGUUGACCCAUUCUUGUGUUAGGUCAUGUGACCUCAAACAAAGCCAUUUCCCUCAAUUUUACCUAAUUUCCCUUCGUUAUUUAUUUUACUUUGUUUCCCUCCUGUCUUCGAUUCUCCUCAAUGUUUUUUUUCCUAAUUCUCAAAUUAAUUGAUCAAAUUGCCGCCGCAAUUGAAGAAUUCAAUUGCAAAUUACAAGUGGAACCUCCAAUGUUAACUCACUCAUUCUAACAAAGUUGGUAUGGGAUUCUAGCAAUAAAGAUAGAAGUUCAAUAAGUCAACUAGGGAUGCUCAGAAGGUGUUUGAUGAAAUGUUUUGGGAGAAAUAUUGUUUCUUGGACUUGUAUCCCGUGUAUGCUUGAUGGGUAUGUUUAUUGUGAGGACUUGAUUAGUGCAGAAAGGGAGUUCGGUGCAAUGCCGAAGAGAAAUAAGGUUUCAUGGAAUGCCAUGAUAAUGAACCAGAAGACUGAGAUGAAGCAGACAGCUCAAGGAGGAAGAAGGGAAACUCAAAAGAGAAAGGAAGGAAGGAAAUGACGGAGACAGAAAUAUCUGAGGAAGAAAGGGGAGAGCUUAAAUAACAAUUGGUGACGUGGUAUAAACCGUCUGUCCGUUUAUGUUUUGGCGCUCAAAAACACAAUUCAACUCUUUUCCCUGAAAUCUCUCUCCUUCCCUUGAAACUCAACUCUGAUCAAACCCAAAGUCCAAAUACUAUAAUCUUUCAAGAUUGUAAACGCCAUGGAUAACAGGAAGGGCAAGAACAAUGUAGAUGAAUCUAGAACAGAGAUUGGCUCUCAUUUGAAGCCUAUAGAUGUAGAUGUCGAGGAAGAUAUGGGAUUGACAGUAAGGACUUCAAGGCAGAAUAACAAUGAUCCUUCUGAAACUCAAAGAAUUGGACCCUCUAAUAGGGUAAUUGGUAAUGAUUCUGGAAGGAAGAGAUCGAAUAAUGCUAGCAUUUGUAAUAGCCUAACUGGUGAAGAUCAAAAAAGGAAGAGAAAUAAUAAUGCUAGCAUUUCAAAUGUUAAUCAACCUCAUAUUUCAUCUCUUUUUCUGAGUCAGAUGGGAGCUUCUCCGGCUAACAUUUGUAAACCUGUUCCUUACUCUCUUUGCCCUCCCAGAUUUCGAUUUCCAUUGAAUCCUACCUCUGCUCAAGCUCCACCAUUUAAGUCGCAGCCUCGACCCGGUUUAGCAAGUCAACCUGCAGUUGAGCCAUCUCAAGGGGUGGGGUAUCAGCAAUUUGCUCCUGUUAGGGCCACUACUUCAAGAAGCCUGAGGCCUCUUCCAACCCAUCCCUGGUUAUGUAGCCUUCAACCUGGUAGUGGUCAACAACAGCAGCUAGGAGUAGUUUCUAGAACUAAUCGUUCUGAAGUUGAGUCGCAGCCUCGUCCCAGUUCAACAAGUCAACCUGCAUUUAAGCCAUCUCAAGGUUUGGGGUAUCAACAACUUGCUCCUGUUAGGGCCACUGGUCCAAGAAUCCCGAGGCCAAUUAUCAAUCCAUCUCAAGGUUUGGGGUAUCAGCAACUUGCUCCUGUUAGGGCCACUGCUCCAAAAAGCCUGAGGCCAAUUAUCAAUCCAACUCAAGUAACAGGGUCUCAUCGAGUUUCUAAUAUCAGGAAAACUGGUGCAAGUACAAGUCUAAUUCAUUCUGGUUCAGGUCGACAAGUGCAGCAAGCCCCCCUACAGAUGGUUAUGGGAGACAGUUUAGAAGAUGAAGCGGCUAUAUUGGCUGAUUUCAAAAGUGGACUUUCAAUAGAAGAUGAGAUAGAUAUGCUAAAGGCAUAUCAAGGACACCUUGUACAGCUUCUGAAGGGUGUCAAUGCUCCUGAUGUCAGAAUGAAUCAAAAAUCACUGAUUGAUACCACAGGUCGCAUUUCAAAGCUAGAAGCUAAGUUGCAUAAUGUAAACUCAAAAAAGGGAAAAUUAGGGAAUGUUAACUUUCAAGAUGGCAGAAAGGAAGCAGGAAACCUAAAAAGACAGGGAUGCUUAGGUAAUACACAGGAUGCCAAAGAAAGGUUCAGGUUAGACUUGAACAAGGAACCUACAGAAUCAGACAAAACCUAAGAUGACAAGGAGAAUGCUAAUACAAAUACUUCACAAGCACGCAACACUUGAGGAUUUUCCUCUGGUUGUCUCUCUCCGAUGUGUAUAAUAACGAACAUGCAGUGCAGGAUCUUCCUAGACUUCACCUUAAUUUACUUUGCGUUAUCUGAAUUGUUUUGUAUAGAAUAAGGAGUUUUAUUUCGUGAUACGGGGAUAAGAAAACCAGAAUGUGGGUGUCACUCAGUUAGCAUGUAUAGAUAAAUCUAAUAGAUCUCGAACAUACCACAUUAACCAGUUAGUUCUUAGAUCUUCUUCCACUUGUUUAGUUAUCACGUGAAGGAAUACAAACUUAAUGUCUUUAUCUUAAUUCCUUCAAAUACUUUAUGUAUACGAGCAUAUAUGCAUAAUCCCAAGCAUAAUGUAAAUAUUCUAGAUAUUAUUCCA